GUUUUCUCACUCUUCUAUCCAAUCUUCUGUUCCAAUCACCAUUGGAAAACCCUUUCCCUCUCUCUCUCUCUCUCUCCAUUAUUUCUGAUUACUGCAACAAAAUCAACUGUAAAUCUUCUCUUUCUUCAUCCUUUAUUUCUACAGGUUUUUUGGUUCCUCGAAUUUGAUGUCCCUUUUUCCUUUACAGGAUCGACCGCCAUGGCCGCUACAUAACCACUGACUCACCCAUUUCUCAUACCUUAAUUCCCUUCCUUUUCUCUCUGCUCUUCCAUGGCGUAUCACAAUCCCCUCUCCCAGGACCUUCCCCUCCACUUCUCCGACCAACAACCGCCGCAGAAUCAACCACGUUCCGAUGCCUCUUUGAGUACCAUUCUGCCGGACCCCAAAUCCCACCACCACCACCACCACCCGCCGCAAACGGCGCCGAAUUGGCUGAACAACGCACUUCUCCGUAACCAAAACCCCCAUUCUCACUACUCUACCGACACUACCACCACCGCCACCGCCGCCGUCAAUACCAAUUUCCUCAACCUUCACACCACAGCAUCCGAUUCCACUGUUUCUCACUCCUCUAACCAAUGGCUCUCUCGUCCUAUUCUCCAAAGAAACCACAGCGAUGUUAUUAACGAUGUCGCCGCCGCUGCUGCUGGUGACAAUAUGAUCGGUGCCGCUAACGAUGCCAAUAGCGGCGAUGGAUUGAACAAAAGCGACGGCAUGGCGGUAGAACCUGGCGGCGGCGGUGGUGGUGGAGAAGGGGUUUUGAAUUGGCAAUAUGCUCGUUACAAAACGGAGAUUCUUGCUCAUCCGCUUUAUGAACAGCUGCUUUCAGCUCAUGUCGCUUGUCUUCGCAUCGCCACGCCCGUCGACCAAUUGCCGAGGAUUGACGCGCAGCUCGCUCAGUCUCAGAAUGUUGUCGCUAAGUACUCCGCCUUGGGCCACACCGCGCCGCUCAUGGUCGGCGAUGACAAAGACCUCGAUCAAUUCAUGACGCAUUAUGUUCUUUUGCUUUGUUCGUUCAAAGAACAACUCCAGCAACAUGUUCGUGUCCAUGCCAUGGAAGCUGUAAUGGCUUGCUGGGACAUCGAGCAGUCGCUACAAAGCUUAACAGGAGUUUCACCCGGCGAAGGCACGGGAGCGACAAUGUCGGAUGACGACGACGAUCAAGUCGAUAGCGAUUCAAAUUUGUUCGAAGCGAGUUUAGAUUGUCCUGACACCAUGGGAUUUGGGCCUCUUAUUCCCACAGAAACUGAGAGGUCCUUGAUGGAAAGGGUCAGACAAGAACUGAAGCAUGAAUUAAAAGCGGGUUACAAGGAGAAAAUUGUGGAUAUAAGGGAAGAAAUUCUGAGAAAAAGGAGAGCUGGAAAGCUCCCUGGUGAUACCACCUCUGUUCUAAAACAAUGGUGGCAAUCACAUUCAAAGUGGCCUUAUCCUACUGAGGAAGAUAAGGCAAGGUUGGUGCAAGAAACUGGUCUGCAAUUAAAACAGAUAAACAAUUGGUUCAUUAACCAGAGGAAGCGAAACUGGCAUAGCAAUCCUUCGAGUUCUACAAACUUGAAAAGCAAACGCAAAAGAAGUAAUGCAGGUGAAAACAGCAGCAACUGUUUCAAAUGACUUUGGUUCAACAGCCAACAAACUCUUGUAGCUGCAGCAUAUGAACCCACCCCAUACUAAUUGUUGGAGUUAUAUUCAUUUAUAGCUUGCAAAACGAACAUAGUUAUCGCUUUGACCGAAGAAGUUCGAGAUGGAACUAAAACAGGACGAGAAUGGGGACGGAGAAAUAUAUGCCGUGUGACAGGCAAAAAAAAGGUACUUAGAAGUUGAUAUUUAGGAGUAUAUUAAUGGAAAUGAAUUGGAUACUCCACAUGGAUUGGAGUUAUGAUUUUUGUUUAUCUUCUUCAUGUAUGUGUAUAAAAAAGGUGAGGGGGGUUACAUGUGUGCAGUUUUAAUAAUCUCGCAUUCUUCCU